GUGCUAAUCAUUCUUCCUCUUGGAUGCGCAACCUUGACUUGGAUCCCCCGUGAUCGACGUAGCGGCAAUUCGAAUGGGGUAAAACGGAUGCCGAGCGAGCCGAUUGUGGUAGAAACGCCCCCAUAUAGGGUUCAGACGUCUUUCACUUACACACUGAUUAAACUUUCCCUUCGGGGACGGGCAAGUGCGUGCGCGGAAGCGAGCGACCAGAAUCGUGCAAUUAGGCCCGAUAUUCAAAUUCCUUACGCCGAUCAAAGUGUUCAAUGUAAAUUUAGAUCUAGUUCAAAUUCUGUAUUAGAGUUAGCGUCUGACACUCUCACUGUGGCUGAUUCAUCAACGUUGGAUUUGAAUGAAUUAAGUGACUUGGACACGGGGAUUCAUUCCUACAGGUUGCCAGUACCGACAGAGAUUGAAAAAAUUGUGUCAGCAGAGUAUUUAGUAUAUUUUGCCAGUGUGCAGUCUUUUGAAUUUAGGAAUAUACUUUGGUUCUAGAUUAGGUAUCAACGCGUCUAGGUUUAGUGCACAUAUUGUUUUAUUUAUUUAUUUGUUUAAAACUUCCUUGCUGUUGGAAUAUUUUGGGGUUAUAGCUCUUGUUUGUAUAGUUAAUAUUCACGAUAUACAGCACAGUGUCUCUUUUGUUGCUGAAUUGUAAUAUAUAUAUGUAUACAAAAACUGUUCCGUUUGCAAGAGAACAAACAGAAGAGUUCUGUGAAGUCACGAAAAUCAUAUGUGCCUGUAACGUUCAAAUUUGAUAGAUCUGAAAUUAAACAAAAGUGUUAUAUUUAAACAAAUAUCAAUUGAAUCCGUAAAAAGCAAAAAUUCACAACAAUAUCUUGGAUGAAAACAAAUAGUGCGUUCCUUUUCGAAGGCAAGCAGCAUCAGAAGCAAAUUUUCUGUGUCUCGGCAUUCUGUGUCCAGGCGUUACGUGUCCUGGCGUUAAUCCCCUCUUAGGGUAAAACAGCGGGAUACAGACGAGAGGUAUUGGGCUUAUUUUCGUGGGGUCAAUGACAACCGGAGUUAUGAAGUCUAGGCGACCAGAACCCGCCGAGAUUGAGUACAAGAACAUGCGGUUUCUGAUCAUGGACCGCCCAUCUGAUGCCAACAUUGACCGGUUUAUCGAGGAGUUGAAGAAAUGUGGUGCCAGAGAUGUGGUCCGAGUUUGUGAACCAACUUAUAAGACUGAUAAACUUGACAUGGAGGGAAUCAGCGUUCUGGACUGGCAGUUUGACGAUGGCAACCCUCCGCCUAGCAAGAUUGUUGAUGAGUGGUUCAACCUUUUGAAGACGCGGUUCAAGGAAGACCCAGGUUGCUGCGUCGCGGUUCACUGUGUGGCGGGGCUAGGGCGUGCUCCGGUGUUAGUUGCUCUCGCGCUCAUGGAGUGCGGCCUCAAGUAUGAGGAUGCAGUGGAACUCAUUAGAACAAAGAGACGUGGUGCUAUCAACGCCAAGCAGCUGUCCUUCCUGGAACACUACAAGCCAAGGUCACGCCUCAAGGUCAAGGGCAAUGGACACAAGCAGUGCUCUGUCAUGUAAUUGGCUCAUCAUCAUCACAUGACAAACAGACCCCAUUUUGAUUGGUCCAUUGCUGUGUGACUAAUAGGUCACAUGAUAUGUCUGCAACAUAUGGAAUGUAUUUCAUGCUGUCAAAAUAUGAUACCAUUAUUCCCACUAUGUCAAUAAAGGUUGAGUUUUAAUUGAACAAAGAAAAGAAAAGAUUGUUAGUUUUUCCUAAUAUACAUUUUAAACAAUACAGUGUAUAAUAUUAUGUGAUGGUGUCAUAAAUUUACUUCCUUUGAAUUUGUAAUGAGUAUUGAAGUGUUUGUUUAUUAUCUUCAGGGAUGUAAUUAUACCAUGAGGCAAAAAAAAUGAACAUAUGUUUGUCAAAUGUUUGUAAUGAGUACAAGAUUUUAGCAAAUACUUACAAAUCUAUGUACAUAACUAUUAAGUGUACUAGAACAUUAAUAAUAGGACAGAAAACUGUCACAACUUCUGCAGAUUGUUAUGUGACUUAUUUGUCAUUGAGUGAUGUACUUUUGGCUUGGCGUUAAUUAUUCUCUACCUGUACCUCAUUAAACACGUUUUAAACCAGAAUUGAGAUGCAUUGAUUGUUUUCCAAGUAUGGCACGUAUUAACACAUAAGGUUUUCCAUUGGCUGGAUGAUCAAAAGUAGUGAGAAUCCAUUUUUCACCCUUUACACAAUAUGCAAAGCUGUGAAAAUAAAAGAUUAAAGAGCUGUGUUGGCUAUGCAUUUGAUACAUUUAACAAAUAACUUCAGUCACACUGAAAAAAGUUAAGAAUGGUAGUAGAGCUUUUCAAAUUAAAGAACAGAAAAUUCAUUUUAAACAAUUUUUCAUAUUUUUUUUAUAUGACAUUGCAUAGGGGAAACCUACGGAAACAGCAACGGCAUUAAAUUCUGUACUGGCUUUUUAUUCACCGCUGAAACCUUAUUCUUGAAUGUGUGCUUUCUUGUGCUAGAAUAUCUAUAUUUGUAUUCAGACUUACAACACAUUAUUUUGAUAUGAUGGCUGUUUUUCUCAAGUUUGUAAUUGUCCAUAAAUUGUCCAUAAAUUGUUUCAUUUCAGUUGGUGUAGGAAUGACUUGACGGUCAAACCUAUCUAAAAUCUGCACUCUUCCAUUAUAAUAUGUGGUCUAUGAAAUACUGGUAGUACAAUGUAAGAAUAAUUCAUUGACUGUUUUCCUUGUGGUAUUUUUAUCAGGGGUUCUUAAAAGUUCAAGAGUAAUAAUGAAAUUAGGAUUAAGAGCUUUCGAUUUCAGUUGUAAAGAUAAACUUGUGAUCAGAUAUAUGUAUCAAAAACAGUUACGAGUACGCAAUUUCCUUAAAACGACGCAAUUGACUUUGGGGAAAAAAUCACAAGGUGUCUAAGCCCCUAUACCCAUGCUUGGGGCAUGAAUCCCUUAUACUCGAACAUAUACCCAGCUAUUUAAUGAUCAACUAUUUGCUGUUGUUAGAGCCCCUGUUGUAUUGAUCAUAAUAUUAUGCAUUUGCACUAUUUUGUAUGAACAUACUCAUUCUGACAUGGUACAUUGUUUGAAUGUUUAUGCUUGACAGAAUUUAUUCACUGGUUUUCAAGAGUUGAUUUAAAAAAAAACUUACAAUACAUUUUAAUCACUUGUGAUUCUAUCAGUUAAUAGUAAAAAUAUGAAUUUCAUCACAAGCCAAUCACCUUUAAUAGUGGAAACUUAGGUCAGUUUUUUAGAGUUUAAAAACCUGGUAUGGCCCUUGCAAUCACUCUUGAUAAUUACCUGCUUUGUAUAACAAUCCAAGUCCACGUGCAUUCCUUUGUCCAAUUUUACCAUGUGACCAGUAAAUCUCUCCAUUGGUUUGACAGUUAUGAAUAUGUAUAUCAUGGUGGUUAGGUAUCAUGUGACCAGUAAAUCUCUCCAUUGGUGAACAAGUUAUAAAUAUUAAAGUGGCAUUAUAGGGAAGCUUCAAGCAGAUUGUUUUUUCAUAUAUUUUUUUUUCUUUUAUAGGAAAGUCAUGAGAAAAUUAAUAACUGGUUUACUAAUAUGAGGAUUAAAUUGAAAUUUGUUUCAUCUUUGAUGAAUGAAAUACAAUAAACUCAUUUUGAUUUUAUAAAGAAUUAGUUAAAAUUGAGUUCAAUAAGCUUUCAACUUUUGACUUCACUUUUCAUUCUCAGCAAAUCGUUAUUUGUGUGUUUUUAUCCAAAUUAAAUAGUGGAUAAUAUGAGUGUUGAAAAUUGGUGCAAUGUAACCUCAUAGCCUCCACCCCCGAUAAUACUGCCUCUAGAUUCCUUUAAAAACCCAAAAUGGUAUAAUGAAAGUGUCGAGUAAGAACCUCUUAUUGAUGAUCUUGAUUUGAAGACAUAACCUUAGGUAUUAUUUGUUGGUUUAUAUUUAUAUGUGUACAAAAUUUUACUGUAGAUAAUACUUUAGCAGUGUUCUCAAUAAGAAUCGGACCCAAAAAUGGACAGUUCGAAUUGCAAUUUGGUGAUUCAUAUUUGGAAUUUUAUGUAGAAUGAGUAGUAGCCUGUCAGUAACUGUUACUUUACUAUUUGAGACAGUUCAACAAAAACUUCUUGAGCACCUUGCUUUAGGAUCGAAAAUACACAUAACUGUGUAAAAUAGCGAGAGAAAUUGUGUUAAAACAUGUAUGUUUAGUGCUGCAGUGAUAGAAACCAAAACAUUAUUAUUCAUAGGCCUUUAAUACAAUCUGUAAUACACAGCCAAUACUGUUUAUCAUAUUAUGAGGGGAACAUCUGGUACUAUCUAUUGUAAAUUUCAUUACAUGGGUUUUUAUAUACAUGUAUUAUGAAUGAAUUGACUUUUAUGUAUAGAUAAAUUAUUGUCCACCAUUCUCUACAUCAUAAUAUGUAAUGUUACUAUUGACAUAUUUUUCGUCUAUGAAGUAUGUAGUAUAAGCAAUUGUAUAUUUAUAACAAACAUAAGUCAUAUAGAAUCUUGUGAACACUUAUGUUAUUACAAUGAAUUAUGUUCUGUAUUUGUUGCCUAUGUAUAUCUAGCAAAUGAGAUUUUGAUCAUUUUAAGGGAAUUAAUUGCUUACAUUGUCCUUACUGAAGUAAAAAGGCUAACCCUAAUGCCUAGAAUGUACCAUUACAUAAAAUGCAUUCUCAAUGUUGGAUAAAACGUAAUUUGCGAAAAUAAUGAUAAUUUACAAUGCCAUCUUAUAAUACAUCCCUGGCAAUUGGUACCUUAUGAAAUUACCCGAUACCCAAUUUUGUGAACCUUGUAGGUCUAAGGACACCCAGCUGAAAAUUCCUGCGAAAAGUCCUUAAUAAUAAAUACAUCAUUUGACAAACUUUUUACAAAGGGACAUAACUGGUACAGACAACCUACAUGUGCCACUUUAAUGCUUACUUAUCUUGCCAUGCGUACCGUUAACUACAGAAUUGUAUCUUUGAAAUGAUGAACCAUGCAUUUCAUCAUUUCUAUUGUUGAAAAAAAGAUGUACAUAUUUACGCAUUAUAUAUCAUAAGAUGUAAGAUCUAUAUCGUUUGGUAACUGUUCACCAUCCUUAUCAUAUUUUUACCUAUAGUAAAUGAUUUAAUUUACAAAAUGUAACUCCUUUUUGAAGUGCCACAUUUUGCUCGGAACAGACAGGUUCAAUGAAAUUUGCGUCUCAAGUUGAGAGUGUUUUACAUUCUUAGCUUAAUUAAGCAUUCAUGUUUGAAUUGACAAAUUACUCAUUGUUUAUGUGUGCACAUCUGUUUCACUAUACUGUUUGACUCAAUGAAAUAUCACAUAUUUAUUAUUAUGAAAUAUUGAUUAAAAGCUGUCAAGCGGAAUAAUGAAUGAAUUUUAACUUUAUUUCGCCAUAUUCAGAUUUGAAAUAUUGAACAACUUGCAUGUUACUGUGUUAAUAUUUUUAAACUUUAGUACGUACAGUGAACUAGUUGAGUACUUAGAUACCAGCAGCCAAUUGUAUAAAGCUUGGAUAAGUUAUCCACUGGUUAUCUUUUGCUAUGAUCUGAUUGGUCAAUAGUAAUUGCAUAAAAAUUGGGCAACCAAUAAACAUUGAGGUUCACUUCGACCAGCAAAAGAAUUAACCAGUUUUUAUACAAUUGACUGGUGUUAAUGUUUUAACAAUGUUUCGGAUAUGAUGACAAGUAACGAGGUCCUCUAUCGUUUUAACAGUUAUUUUCAUACUAUAUUUGCUUUUCUCAUGUUGGAUUUGUAUCAGUACUUAACAAUGUGAAAUAUUGUAAAUACACCAGUUUUUCCCCCUUUGUUUAUUAUUUUCCAAAAUACAGCUAUAUAAAAUAUCGUUUGUAUGCCAGGUCUUAAGUGUUAAUGAAAUACUAUCAUCAAUGAGAGUACUGUCUUAGAUUAUGUUCAAUUAUUUAUAUCACUGAAUUAUUUUGUUAUACCAAUUAAUUAUAUCAAUUAAUUAUAUCAAUUAAUCAACUAAGUAUAUCAAUUCAUUAUAGCAAUUAAGGGAGAUAAUAAUUUUGGAUAAUCAAUAUUUGUCUCUUAAAUUUAGUAUUUGAAAUCUCUUUAUAAACUGUACAAAGAGCUUUUUAUCACAUGUCUUUUUUUGUUAUUUCCAACUACAACAAAGCACAAAUAUGGUCUGUGAAAUAAAGCUUACGAACCAUGGAUGUUCACCAGUGUGAUGCGAACUCAAUCUGACCACCAAAAGGCAUGAUCAUGCUUCUUAAUAAAUAUUGUCUUGUCCAGUGUUUUUUCCGAAAUAACUUCCCCUUCUUCAAGCAUUUAGUCGAAAACAAGACAGUGCUCUCUUGUCAAAACCAGAUUUCCAUGUCUUGCAAUUUUCAUAUGCAUUAUAACAGGAAACUUGCAUUCAACAAAAUAAGGUUACUUUUAAUAUGCAUUGGAUUUGACUUUAUUUUCAUGGACACAGAACAAAACUUUUGACAGAGUUGUAAACAUUUUAUAGGAUGCAAUAUUUUAUGGGGUGUUAAUACAAAUUUUAAGACCAAAAUUCAAUUUAGCCGUAAAUGUUUUAAGUUUUAAUUAAACCGAAAGCUCCCAACUUAAGUUGGCUUGGACGUUUGCCUCAGAUCUGUUGCUAGAGUUACAUGUACUUGUUAGGCUACAUUGUGAUUAUGGCAAAAAAUAGAUUUCAUACUUUGGUAUAAAGCUUGAAAACUAUUUUCCUGCGAAUGCACUCGAAACAGCUACAUAAACAGGUUUUUGCAGCGUUAUCAUAGUGGAAAUAAUCACUAUCUCAAGGGCAAACGUUACUCCAUAUAAAAAAGAACAGUGUUGCAAUAAGCUUGCUCAACGGUUCUGUUCUGUGUCCCUACUUUACUGUUUGUGCUUUUUGUUUUGUUUUAGCCUUAGUGUGAAUAACAGUUGGUUAAAAUGGUAGCAUUUCUCUGUAUAUACUAGGACGAGGCAAUAAAGUUAUAAAUUAUG